AUGCGGUGUGCAGUUUUUCAGCGACGUCGACGUCGAGAGCACGUGAUGGAACUCAGGACUACGGUUAGACGUGUGAAGGAGCUGGAUAUCGUGGAGCUGCCCGAGCUGAUCCUUGGCGGGGCGACUCUCUCGCCGAGGUACAUCGACGAUCCUUACGAGGUGCCGACGUUGGGGCUUGUGCGGCGCGCGCUGGAGGCCGGGAUAUGCGCGAUUGACACGUCGCCGUACUACGGGAAAAGCGAAGAGAUCUACGGGGAGGCGCUGGCGGCGGUGCGAGAUGAGCACCCACGGGAGACAUACUUCAUCUGCACCAAGGUGGGGCGCGAGGGCCCAUCAGACUUCGACUACUCUGCAGCGCACGUGCGUGCGAGCGUGCAUCGGUCGUGCGCGCGGCUGCACACGGAGUACCUGGACCUGGUGUACCUGCACGAUAUAGAGUUUGUGGAGGCGGCGGGGAUCUGGGAGGCGCUUCAGGAGCUGCGGCGGCUGAAGGACGAGGGCGUGAUCCGGUUCUUUGGGAUCAGCGGGUACCCGGUGGAGCUGCUGCAGGAGGUGAGCGAGCAGGCGUGCGAGCGGCCGGAUGUGGGUCCGUUGGAUGCGGUGCUGACGUACUGCCAGCUCACGCUGCAGUCUGUGCGAUUGUUGGAGCAGGAGGAGCGCUUCUUCCGGCAGUCACGUGUUCGCGUGUUGGGCAACUCGUCCAUCGUAGGGAUGAGGCUGCUGCGGUCGGGCGGGCCACGCCCAUUCCACCCCGCGUCUGUGGAGCUGCGACAGUGCGCCGAGGAGGCGGCCGAGUACUGCGCGGCGCACGGCACGGACCUGGCGGACCUGGCGACGCGCUACAGCCUUGCGGAGUGGCACGGGCGCGGCCCCACUGUGCUGGGCGUGAGCACCAUGGACGAGCUCGAGCGCGCCCUGAAGAACUACCACUUGGUGUUAGAACAGGGCGGGCUGAGCGAGAAGGACACGGCUCUAGUCGAGCACAUUCAAAAACGCAUAUUUGCGGACCACUUGAAUGAGAACUGGCCCUCUGGACUCUGGUCGCGGUUUCUCCGCCGACCAGGCGCGGUUCCUACGUAA